GAAUGGAGCCACUGCCACAACCAGUCUGUUAUGGCAAUUUGUAGAGUCGCAUUGCGCUCGCAGUUAUGAAAAUGUGGACGUGUUGUUAUACGAGUCGAUGAAACGAAUAAUUUUUUUUUACGAAUCGUAGACCAUUAUUUUACGUGUAUUUAUAAAGUGAUAAUGAAAAAGUCAAUUAUAUUCACCUUGUUAGUCGCUAGUCUAUGUACAGUUAGAAGUCAAAAUCAUGCUUAUAAAGUAAGAUCAAAACGAGAAACUGCAAAUGAAGACUUUACAUGUCCUGAAGGCCAAGGAAAUGGAAACUUCGCAGAUCCAGCUACUUGUAAACGAUUUUAUCAAUGCGUAGACAAUUACCCAUAUGUGAACAGAUGUCCGUCCGGAUUAUACUUCGACGAUAUCAGCAAACUGUGCACAUUCAAAAAUGAAGCUAGAUGUGGCCCUAUCCCCACAACGGUGGCUCCGAGUACGGAACCUCCGGUAGAUUUGGCAACGAAAUGUGAUCUGUCAACGUGCAAUUUACCGUACUGUUUUUGCUCCAGAGACGGUACCAGGAUACCUGGAGAUUUAGAUCCGGAAGAUACUCCUCAAAUAAUCUUGUUGACGUUCGAUGGAGCAGUAAAUUUGAAUAAUUUUGAGCAUUAUAAACGUGUGUUUACUCCUGCUCGUAAGAAUCCGAAUGGAUGCCCGAUACGUGGAACGUUUUUCAUUUCUCACGAAUACUGUGAUUAUAAUCAAGUCCAGCAGUUGGCUCAUGAAGGCCAUGAAAUUGGCACAGAAACUAUAUCGCUGCAACAAGGAUUACAAGAUAAAGGAUACGAAGAAUGGGUCGGCGAAAUGAUAGGAAUGAAGGAAAUCUUGAAACACUUCGCAAAUAUCUCCAAGAACGACGUAGUCGGCAUGAGAGCUCCUUUCUUGAAACCUGGCAGAAAUGCUCAAUACGCGGUUUUGGAAGAUUUCGGAUACAUUUACGACAGUUCUGUCGGCGUUCCUCCCUUGAAAGUUCCAAUCUGGCCGUAUACUUUGGAUCAUAAAAUACCCCACGAGUGUAAAGCUGGCUCAUGUCCCACAAAAUCCUUCCCAGGUGUUUGGGAAGUACCAUUGAAUGCUCAUUUCGUCGAAAGCUACGAAGGUGGUCAUUGCCCUUACCUAGAUCAAUGCGUACUUCACAAUCACGAUCCUCAAGAAGUUUUCGAAUGGUUGAAAGAAGAUUUUGAAAGAUACUACAAACAAAACAGAGCUCCUUAUAUGAUGCCAUUCCAUACAAAUUGGUUCCAAUUAAAAGAACUAGAACAAGGAUUACAUAAAUUCGUAGACUGGGCGAGAUCACUCCCGGAUGUUUGGUUUGUGACUGUGACCCAAGCUUUAACUUGGAUGACGGAGCCCAGAAGUAAAAAAGAUAUCAAUUCGUAUCCUCCGUGGAGAUGCGAAAAAGAAAACUUUCCUCCUCCAGCUUGUAAUUUACCUAAUAAAUGUGCCUUAUCGUUCAAACCACCCGAUGCCAAUGUCUCCGCAAUCAGAUAUUUAACAACCUGUCGAGAAUGUCCCAAUAAAUAUCCGUGGAUUGGCGACGCAGAAGGUACCGGAAUAGCAGGACGAGAUAAUUACAGUCCGGAAAGAAAAUGAGUAACGAAUUAAUCAGACACGAUUAAAGAAAACCACAUCGGAACAUCAUCAACGAUUUAAUUUUACAUGUUAACUACGUUUAUAUUUAUUUACAUUUUGCUUUCAUGGUUUUCAUCGAGUGUUUCUAGAAUAAUGACCAACAUAUAUUUUCUAAAUACCAUGUCAAUGUUGAAUCCAAUGUAACACCUUUUGUUGAAAAAAUAAAUUUUUAAAAACUG